CAAGACUCCUCUAGAGCUUGUCAGUUGCUGCGAAUCAACCACUGCCAUGGCCUCCCUUCGCACUGCGGGCAUGCUUCGGCAUCUCGCACACCCUUGCUCUCACGUCCGUACGCUGCGCGCCUCCAACCAACGACGAUGGGCUCAAGUUCACGAUGUGCGCUUCCUCGCCACGACGCAGCAACCGCGCAGUGUCAUCGAGAAGUACCGCCAAAAGUUGGAGAACAAGGCCAAAGAGGAGGGCCUGCCUGAUAUCGACGCUCUUAAACAGGCAUACAAGGACAAGAUUGAGCGCCUGCGCAAGGAAACCGACGCUGCAACUAAACUACCGGGUGCUCCCGCUCCAGCUACCCCCACUGCUGCUGAUGCCGCUGAGUUGGAUGCUACCACAACAACCACAACCGAAGCCGCCAAACCUUCUUCCAAUGCCACGCCAGAAACGCCGAAGAAACCAGUAUCUUCAGGCUCCGGCUCCGGCUCCGGCUCCGGCAUCAAACCGCUAUCCGAGAUCCUCGAUAUGACCAAGGCCCGCGACUUACCCAUCAAGGAACUCUCCGCCAUCUGGCGUCUGCGCUACGCCACCAACCCUCACUCUCUGUGCGCCGUCAUCCCGUCAGAGACCUAUUCAGCCAUGGACACGUUGGCGCGCUCGCGCCCUCAGUUCGUGCUUCCUGUGCCGCACCCGGAACAGGGCGCGGAGAUCCACUUCCUGCAAUGGACCUGGGACGCGGCGACGGCGACGUCGACGGUGCUGUUCACGCAGCUGGCCGAGUACAAGAACCGCGGCGAGUUUGCGCAGCCGCACACGACGGUCACGCACUACAUGGACUUUAGCGUCGACAAGGGCGUCGUGCUGAUGCAGGGCCAGGUCAUGGAGGAUAGAGGCGUCAAGCCCGAGGAUGCGCAGUGGUUGCUCAUGUGCCUCCAGAGGUUCUACGGCGGUUGGGAUGGUACUGGUGGCGAGCAGGGCCAGCAGAGGGCGAACGAGCGCAGGAAUCUGUUGGAUUGGUUCGCAAGUGGUGACCAGAGGUUUAGCGUGGAGAAGCUUAUGGAGGAGGCGGAGAGGAUGGGUUAGAUGAUGGUUGGAUGGGAUGAUGCGGUAAAUGGGCAACAGGCCGUUCGUUGCAUCGACAUUACAUCAACCGGAAGCCAGAACAGGGCAGAUUCUACAAACGUACAGUACUCAAAAAUCGUUCUUCUCAACAAACAUCUCCCAAUUACACCUUUUUCAGAGCUUUGAUCCCGCAGCACGCUCCUCUUGCUUCACCUUGUCUCUCAGCAUCCUCCGAAGAAUCUUUCCACUAGGCGACUUGGGUACCUCUGCAACAAACCGAACACCUCCGCGGAGCUUCUUAUGGGGAGCGACUUGCUUAGCGACAUAUUCCAUGAUCUCCUGCGCCUUGCUAUCGCUGGCUUCGAUGCCUGGUCUAAGGACGACGUACGCCCGAGGCACUUCGGUAGCCUGGCUGCGGUCAUCGACACCAAUAACGCAGACAUCCGUUACAUCACUGUGGCCUAGGAUGAGACCUUCGAGUUCGGCUGGUGGGACGGGGAAGCCCUCUGGAAGAAAGAUAAAAUCAGUGAUCAGUCCACGUCUGUUCGGUCACGUACCGGGUGAGAAAAAGGAACAACUUACUGAACUUGAUCAACUCUUUGAGACGAUCCACGCAGUACAUGUUGCCGUACUUAUCGAUGUGGAACAUGUCUCCGGUCUUGAAG